AUGAACACACAGCAUAGGAACAACGUUUCUGAUGAUUGUCAAUCCAUUAAUCUACGACAUCAUAACACGCGAUCAUCAAAACCCUCAGAUCACGGAAGAGAAAGCAGCUCCGCAUUGCCUAUCCCAACAGAUCUCAUAAUCGACAUCUUCUCGAGGCUGCCGUUGAAGUCAAUAGCCAUAUGUCGCUGCGUAUCGAAGACAUGGGCCUCCACGCUCCGCCGCCAAGAUUUCACCGACUUUUACUUAAGAAAAUCCUCUACUCGCCCGCAGAUCUUGCUCGCACCGGUAAAAAAUCGUGAGCUGUUCUUCUUCUCUUCACCACAGCCUCAAUAUCUGCAGGAGAACUUGCCUUCUGUAGUCGCCAACUGUCAUAUGAAGUUGUCCUUUGGUGGUUUCGGUGAAAUUCGUUGUGGUCGUCCUGUCCAUGGUUUGGCUUGUCUUAGGCAGUUGCGGGUCUCAGAGGGAGAGAGGGAGACAGUGUUAUUUAUAUGUAACCCUAGCACCAGACAAGUCUUACAUUUACCCAAAGUAAAGACGAGUAGACCUGUCGUGAAGAGCAUGUUUGGGUAUGAUCCGAUUGAUAAACAGUUCAAGGUAUUGUGCAUGCCACGGUUUAACGAUGGAAGAGACUAUCACGAGCAUCAAGUUCUGACACUAGGAGCUCCAGACCGGUCAUGGAGAAUGCUCGAGUGUUGCAUUCCCCAUUAUGGUGAUCCACCUAAAGAGAUAUGUAUCAAUGGCGUUUUGUAUUAUAAAUCAAUUAAUAAGUCGACAGAGACUUAUUUAAUAGUUUGCUUUGACGUUAGGUCUGAGAUGUUCAGUUUUAUUGAAGUCAAGGUAACACUACAGAGAGCACUGCUCCGUGGUGCUCUGAGAAACUGCAAUGGUAAAUUAGGCUUAUUUAUUUCUGAAGAUAAUGGGUAUUUUCGAAGCUCUGUUAGUGAAAGAAGUACAAGUGUUCAACUGUGGGUUCUAGAAGAUGUCGAAAAACAAGAAUGGUCGGAUCAUAUCUACUUAUUGCCAGCUUUGUGGAAGAAUCUAGUUGGAAGAGACUGUUUAUUCUUUGCUGGAGUGACUCUGACAAACGAGAUUGUGUUGGCGCCGAGCUUUUCAUCCUACCCUUUCUACCUUUACUACUUAAAUACCAAGAGGAACACUGUCGUCGCAAGACUUGUUGAAAUCCAAGGAAUAGAUGUGUCUGACUAUUAUAUGGAUCACGUCGUUUUAGAUCAUGUGGAGGACGUGAAGCUCUAUGAUGUUUAG